AUCUCUCCUCUCUUUUCUUUCUUCUCUCGCUAGCUAGCUCUCUCGCUCUCCCUCUCUCUCUUUCUGUGUAUGUGAAGCCGCCGCCUUAUGGGACCUCGGGACUCCGGCGAACCGAGUUGAUCGAGUCGGUUUCUCGUUUCCUUUUAUCGAAGAAGAAGAGCUGUAGUUUUUUGCCACCUUGAAAGUUUUGUACGCGUUUUUGUUUUCUGUGUUUUGAAAAUUUUCCUGGGAAACAAUCAGAAAGUUCGUCUUUUGGAGACUAGUUUUUUAUGUAAUCUGGGAUAGGCUCUGAAUCUCUUGGUGAUUUUCUCGGAUAUUAAAACAGUUUGAGAGGGAAGGCUGUCCAUUUCUGUUGAAGGAUAGGACUUUGAGUUGAAGCGGUGACCAUCUUUUUGAGCUUAGAAAUUGAAAACCCUACAAGGAGAUCAAGAAGAAGAAGAAGAAAAAAAAUAUAGAUAGCUUUGUGUUUGAUUGGGUUUUGAAGAAUGGUGGAGUUGGACAAGUCGUCACCAAUGACAGCUUCUACAGCUUCUGGAGAGGCUAGUAUAUCCUCCUCUGGUUAUCAAACGACGCCGUUAGCUGCGCCACCACCGAAGAAAAAGCGGAACCUUCCUGGAAUGCCCGAUCCAGAUGCUGAGGUGAUAGCUUUAUCACCCAAGACUCUGAUGGCGACGAACCGGUUUGUGUGUGAGAUCUGCAACAAAGGGUUUCAGCGCGACCAGAACCUCCAGCUUCACCGGCGUGGCCACAACUUGCCGUGGAAGCUCAAGCAGAGAACGGGAAAGGAGAUUCGCAAGCGAGUCUACGUGUGUCCAGAGCCGUCCUGCGUUCACCACAGCCCGGCGAGAGCGCUGGGAGACCUCACGGGGAUCAAAAAGCACUUUUGCAGAAAGCACGGCGAGAAGAAGUGGAAGUGCGAGCGGUGCUCCAAGAAGUACGCCGUGCAGUCCGAUUGGAAGGCGCACAUGAAGACCUGCGGAACCAGAGAGUAUAAAUGCGACUGCGGCACCAUGUUCUCAAGGAGGGAUAGCUUUAUCACGCAUAGAGCUUUCUGCGACGCUCUGGCUGAGGAGAGUGCGAGGACACACGCCCUUGUGAUCGCUGGCGCCGACGGAAAUGCUAACGCUAAUGCGGCUGUCGCUUCGCCCCCGCCGCCUCCUCUUACUCCGUCUACGACUGUGGUGUCUCCAGCCUUGUCCAUUCAGAGUUCAGAAUUGCCGGAAAAUCCAAUCGGACUGUCGCCGGCAACGGCAGCCACGACCACCAGCUCCUCCACUUCCAGCACUAGCGUUUUUGCAAGCGUUUUUGCGCCUUCAACCGCGACAGCAGUUGCCGAACCAUCCCCGUUCUCCAAUGUGGUCUGCGCCACUACUCACCCGCCGCCCAUAUCACCCAUUGAACCCCCCUCCCUUUCGCUCUCCACAUCCCUCUACCUCUCCAACAAUGGGCCCUCCCUCUUUCCAACACCAAACCACGACCACCUCCACUACGCACCUUCCCCGCAGCCUGUCAUGUCCGCAACCGCAUUGCUGCAGAAAGCUGCUCAAAUGGGCUCCACCGCAUCGAACGCAUCGUUGCUUCGCGGACUGGGAUUGGCGGCACCGUCGGCGUCAUCGUCCUCCCCGGGUCAGGAUAGCACUGCUAUGCAAUGGAAUGGCCAUGGGAGGGCGGCAGAGAGCACCUUGGUGACUGAUGGGCUUGGGCUUGGACUUCCCUCUGGUGGGAGUUCUGGUUUGAUGGGCCAGCCAAUGACUCGCGAUCUUCUCGGUCUCAGCAUAGGCAGCGGCGGCGGGGCAUCCACUAGAGGCCUCUCGGCUCUUCUCAAUUCGUUUGGCGGUGGUGGCGGCUUCGAUGUCGCAUACGGCAGAGGAGGUGACAGCUCGGCUGGGGAUGACAAGCGUAAAGUACUCCGAUGAUCCAUCUCUUUUGCCCGGUUGUUAUAUUUAUAAAAAUUGAACAGUCUCCUUAGUGGGUUACUUCCAUGAAAAGAAUUAGUAAUCAUAGAGUUCUAAAAAGAGUUUUUGUUUAAGAUGUUGUGUAAUUUUGUGGUGAUAUCUUCGUUUUUAGUUCGAUUAUAUUCUCGGAGAUGUGAAUGGGAGCAGGGUUUGUACAGGAACUCGCGUAGUCAUUACUUGUUGAAAAAGGUAGCCCAAAAGGAAAUGCAAUUAGUUCUUAGUAGUU